AUGACAAUGAUGAUUUUUUUCAUACAAAUGAAGAAUUUUUUCUAUUAUAUUGAAAAUUAUAAUUUUAUAAGAAAUGAGAUUAAUAAGAAUGCAUAUUAUGCAUGUCAAAUGUAUUCCAGUUAUCUUAAAGACAGAUUACCUUUAUUUUUCUCCUUUGAACCAUUAUGUAAAAAACAAGAAAGUAAUAUUUGUGCAGAUCACUUUUACUCAUAUUAUCACUUAUUUGAUCAAAGAAAUAUAUUUACAUGGUAUGAAUUAUUUAAAAUAUAUAUUCAAUCAUUUUGGAAUGGGUGUUAUAAGAAUAUUUUAUAUGUAUACUGUGAAUCUCAAAGAUCAACAUCAGAAUUCAUGACCAAAUAUAAUGAAUAUGUACAGUCGUUCAUUAAGAAAAUUCGCGAAACACCAAAUAGUGUUCUUCAAAAGAAUCAUGGCAGCGAACAGGGUACACAAAUCAAUGUGUCAAUGACAAAUGCAACAGUACCGACGAGUAAAUUUCACAAGGAAAUGAAUAAAAACCAUGGAAAUUUAUCAGAUUUUUUAACCCCUUUUGAACACUCCUUCACAAGUAGACGUAGAAAAAAACGUAACAUUAUGUAUGCUUAUUAUUCUGAAGGUAAUGAUUCAAUAUUUGACAAUAAUGAUAGUAUGGAUUAUAGUUCUUGUUCUGAAGUAGAUGAAUCUUCUACAAUAUUAAGUUCUGUGUGA